CAAAUACUCCCAUAUUUUUAAAUAGAAUCCUCGUGUGUUUGGAUGUAGAGUGAUCAUCGAUCGAGAGAGAAACUGAUUAGUGAGUGAAAGAGAUGGAGGGGUUGGCAAGGAAAGGAGGAGCUUUCAGGGUGAUAAUGGUGGUGUUGAUGAUAAUGGGGUGGCAAACGUGCGCUCUGGCGAGUCUAAUUCGGGUGGGAGGAGUACAAGGGUGGAAUCAGAACGUAAACUACACUGUCUGGUCCCGUCAUCAGCAUAUAUACGUUGGCGAUUGGCUCUAUUUUAUCUUUGACAAGCACUACUAUAAUGUUCUGGAGGUGAACAAAACAAGUUAUGAGAACUGUAAUGACCAAGGCUUCAUAACCAACAUUACGAGAGGCGGUCGAGACGUGUUUCAAGUGACAGAAGCAAGGCCGUAUUACUUCCUAUCCAGCGGAGGCUAUUGCUAUCAUGGAAUGAGGGUUGCUGUUAACGUGGAAGAUCAAGCCCCAGUACCGAGUCCAGCACCUGCUUCUGCUCAAAACGAAAAUGCUUCCCCACAAAUGAUCCUGAUCUCCAUCAGUACUACUCUUUCCAUCGCUUUUAUAUUGGUCGGCCUCUUGCUCAAACCAUGAUGAAUAUCGCUCGAUUAAUAAUGAUAUAAUUAUAUAUAUAGUAAGUACUGAGUCGAGGAAAGGAAUCACCACUAAUAAUAAAUACAUAUAAUAUUGAAGGGUUAGCAUAGAAUUCAUGGCUGAUGAUAUAUCAUGUAUGUAUGGUAAUAUGUAGCUGUUGCAUGCCUUUUGAGGAUAUUAAUGAAGCGUGUCGCCUGGAACAUCAUGAUGAA